AUGACACUCUUUUCUCAUGGUAGUAUAGCUCUCCCUGUCACAGAGGGUAAAAGAAUCAAUCCUGCUUGGUUUUUUGUUGCUUUUGCAAUCAUACUUCUUUUCACUACAUUCAGGCAGUUCGUUCACAGACCUGAGCCAACACCAGGAAUCUGUCAAUACAACAAUAUAAGGCCACAUUACUAUCCAAAUGAGCAUAGAAUAAACGGCAGAUAUAAGUUAUUUAAUCCGGAUGACAUCUUGCUUGAAAAUGCUACUAUAAUAGAUGGUGACGGUACUGUUUUGCACAGUAUGGAUUUAUAUCUAUCGAAGGGUACAAUUAUCGAUAUUGGUCAUGGACUCGGCAGAAUUUAUUCAAAAAAUGUUACCUCAGUUUCCUUAGAUGGAAGAUUCGUUACGCCAGGUUUGGUUGAUAUGCAUUCUCAUUUUGGAACCAGACCUCAACCACAAUUAUAUUCGACUGAAGAUACAAACGAGUUCACCAAUCCUGUUACUCCAUAUGUUCGUGCAAUUGAUGGCAUAGAUCCCCAGGAUCCUGACAUGGAUUCACUAUUGGCUAGCGGUGUUACCACCCAUUUAGUUCUUACCGGAAGUAGAAAUCUAAUCAGUGGUGAGUCUUAUGCUAUAAAAAUGCAUCAUUCGCCUCAUAACCAGGUUCAAGAAUUAUUGGUUCAGUAUGACUUACCCGAAAAAAUGGCCAGGAACAAACCGGUCAGGUGGAUGAAGAUGGCAUAUGGUGAGAAUGAGAAAAACUGGAAGCUUCAACGUGGAGAUGGUUAUCCUGUCAGUAGAAUGGGAGAGAAUGCCGUGGUUAGAGGGGCCUUUGAUGAGGCAAAGGAGCUUAAGGAAAAGCAGGAUAAGUGGUGUGUUGAUCCUGAAUAUCGAAAAUUGAAUAAGGAAUACCCAAGCAAUUUUAAGCUGAAUAGUUUGGUGGAUGUUCUUCGUGGUGACAUUAAUCUUAACAUCCACGUCUAUGAAACAUACGAUAUGGAGGCAUUACUACGUACUGCUGAUGAAUAUCAUUUCCAAAUCAAUGCAUUUCACCAUGCUCUUUCUUCUUGGGAGAUUCCAGAACUUUUAAAGAGUCAUAAUACAACCAUUGCCUUGUUUGCAGAUAGUUGGGGCGAGAAAAAAGAGCAAUAUCAAGGUACUGUUUAUCAGGCAAAAUUAUUGUCAGACGCAGGUAUUGAUGUUGCUAUUAAGACCGAUCAUCCAGCAUAUCCUGGACAGGAGUUGUUGUAUUAUGCUCAAGUAGCACAUAACUAUGGUCUUUCGGCCGAAAAGACUAUUGCCUCUGUUACUUCCAUUCCUGCCAGAUCUAUUGGUUUGGGUCACAGAAUUGGAUACUUGAGGAAAGGCUAUGAUGCAGAUAUUGCUAUUUGGAAAAACCACCCACUUACUCUUGGAACUCAUCCAGUGGAAAUGAUUAUUGAUGGUGAGGUGAAGUUUAAUUUCUCCAAAAUAGACAUGUAUCCUCCAGAGACAAAACUGGAUGUCAAGCAGAGAGAAAAGGUGUCCUCACCUGAAACAUGCAAGGUUGGUUUGCGUGACUUUUUGGUUACUGGGGUGACACAUUCACUUAUUCCGGGCUUCGAAGAAGUUAACCACGAAAAUCUUACUAUCGCAUUUGUGAAUGGUGAAGCAAAUGUCAUUAAUGACACUGCAUCCAUUUCUAGGUUACUUGAAAACGGUCUUCCUGUCUUCAGUCUGAAAGAUGGUUAUGUUGUUCCUGGUGCAAUAUCUGUUUCACCAAGUCUAGGACUCACAGAGAUGGUUUUAGAGGAGGAUACAUCGGAUGGAAGUGUUUCUGGUACCGAAAUUAUUGAAGCAGCGGAUGGAAUCCAUAUGGAUGGAUUGAUGAUUGAAAGGCUCAGAAGAGUUGGUGUUAGUAAAGCUGUGACGGCGCCUAUCGGAAAUUCCUUCCUAAAGGGAGUCAGUACCUACAUCGAUAUGUCCAAUCAUGGAAGUUUGGAUGACACGAUUUUAAAGAGGGAUGUUGCAAUUCAUUUUAACAUCGGAAGAACUGCCAAAAAGGGAUCAGACUCUUCUAUUUCUUCCCAGUUCAAGCACUUAAGAGACUUUUUGAUUAACAAGCCAUUGAAAUACAAAGAUCUACCAAUAGCGGUUCAUACUCAUAAUGCUGAAAUAAUGAAGCACAUUAUCAGUAUGAAAAGAAAUGAGUUCCCAGAGGAGAAAUUUGUUGUGGUGGGUGGUCAGGAGGCUUAUCUAAUUGCUGAUGAAUUGGCAGAAGUGCAUAUUCCAGUAAUAGUAGCACCUUGGAGAUGCACGGCCAAGUUUUGGGAUAAUAGGAUGUGUUCUCCAAAUGAGCCUUUGGAAUCGAAGUCAUCUUUACAAAUUCUCCAAGAUGCGGGUGUUAAAUUUGCUUUGGGCCAAGAAGCAGACCCUAUUGCAAGAAGAACUUACUGGGAUGCCGGCUGGGCUGCAAGAACGAUCAGAGGUUAUGGUUUGAAAGAGGCUUCUGGUCUAAUUUCGGCAAACAUUGAGGAGAUUUUCAACUUACCAAAAAAUAAUGAUAUCACUAUAUUUGAGCACGAUCCAUUUGACUAUGGUUCAUUCCUGGCCAUUUCACUCGAACAUGGAGAGGUGAGGCAAUGUUUCCCUGAAGUAGAGGAGCCGAAAAUUGGAGAUGAAUUGUUUCAUUAA